GUUAUUAUUGUGAACCAUUUAUACAUUGUGAAUAGAACAUUUGUAACUAACUAAUUGUAUACUUUAAUAGAUUCUAAUUACAUUCAAUACAUUUCUAUUACAAUUAUCUUUAUUACAUCACAAUAACAUUUUCAUGUGUCAUCAAUCAUAUUGAAUAGAAGAAAAAGAAAACUAUUUUGUUAUUGGGAUCUAUAUGAUUAUGAUCUAUUCUAAUUUAGCCCUUAGUUUAUUUAUUUGUAUUCUAUUAUAUACAACAAAUGGUAAUCAAGAACAUAUUCAAUCUAUAAAUGUAAAUAAAACUCAUUCUAUUCCUGGUAAUCAUAAUAAUAUUGAUGAUGAACAGAUUGAAAGUGAAAUUGUUGUUGUCAAAUGGGAAUUUCAUGAAUUUGAAAUUCAUAUUGCUGUUAUGGUAUUUUUAUUAAUUAUGAUCUUAAUUAAAAUGGCCUAUCAUCGUAUCCCAUAUAUAUCUAUUUAUAUACCAGAAUCAUUUGUAUUAAUUAUAAUUGGUAUUAUAUUUGGUGCAAUUGUACGUUAUGGUAUUGAACAAGGUAUUAAUAAUAAAACUGUAUGGAAAUUAACUCCUGCAUUAUUUUUUACUUAUUUAUUACCACCAAUUGUAUUAGAAUCAGCCUAUAGUUUAUAUAAUAGAACAUUUAGUGAAUAUUUAGGAGUUGUAUUAAUCUUUGCUGUUAUAGGUACUAUAUUAAAUUUUUUAAUUAUUGGUUUUGUUAUGUAUGGGAUAUAUAAAAUGAAUGGUUUUGGUCAACCACAAUUAGAUAUGGAUAUUAAAGCUUUUUUAUUAUUUAGUUCAUUAAUUGUUGCUGUAGAUCCUGUUGCUGUCUUAGCAAUUUUUCAAGAUAUUGGUGUUGAAUUAGGUUUAUAUUAUAUUGUAUUUGGUGAAUCUUUAUUAAAUGAUGCUGUUACUGUAGUAUUAUAUGAUAUUAUGGAUGCAUUUACUGGUAAAGAGAUUGUCACUGGUAAAGAGAUUGGUAUUGGGAUUGCAUCAUUUUUUACUGUUAGUUUUGGUGGUUUAUUAAUUGGUUUAUUAUUUGGUAUUAUAACCUGUUUAAUAACACGUAUUAAAAGUCGUUUAAAUGCUUUUAGUUUAUUAUUAUUAGCAUAUUUUUCAUAUAUUAUGGCUGAUUGUGUUGGUUGGUCCGGAAUUAUCUCAAUGAUUGGUUGUGGUUUAAUACAAGCAGCAUAUGCAUUUCAUAAUUUAGAUAAACAUUCUAUUACAAUGGUUAGAAAUUUAACUAAAGUUGUAUCAGAAAUGAGUGAAUCUGUUAUAUUUUUAUUCUUAGGUAUUGAAGUUGUAUCUAUUAAAUUAGUAUGGCAUACAGGUUAUAUAUUAUGGACAUUAUUCAUAUGUAUAAUAGCACGUUGUAUAGUUGUAUUAAUUAUGACAUCUAUUGUAAAUAUUAUUAAUAUAGAUGAUAUUAAAAUUACAAUUAAAGAACAAAUUGUAUUAAUAUAUGGUGGUUUACGUGGUGCAAUUGCAUUUUCAUUAGUUAUAUUAAUACCAUCUAAUAUAUUAGGUAAAAAUGGUGAAGAGAAUCAAAGUUUACUUGUUACUACAACAUUAUUUAUUAUCUUAUUUACAGUGGGUAUUAUGGGUAUUACUAUGAAACCAUUAGUAAAACUAUUACAUAUACGUAUGGAACAUAAAAAAAUUAUUAGUUUAUUUCAAUCAUUAAACGAUAGUAUUAUUGAUGAAACAUUAGCUUGUAUUGAAUUAAUUAUUAAUUGUAAACGUCGUAAUGUAUUAAGAGAUUUCAUUAAACAUAUUGAUGAGAAAUAUAUCCGACGUAUAUUACAAAAUAAUCCAGAAUAUUAUAAUGAGAAAUUAUUUAAAAUUUAUGAGAAAAUUUCAUUACGUUUACAUUAUGCCACUAUACGUCCUAUACAAUCGAAAUGUUUAUUAACUGAUUUACCAGAAUCGAUUAUAUCAAAAUAUUUUAUGAAUCAAUUAACACCGAACAAUAAUCAAUAUAUCACUAUUCAUAGUAAUAAUAAUAAUAAUAAUAAUAAUGAUAGAAGGGCUAGUAACUAUUUAAUUAAUGAUAUACUUAAUACUUAUCCAGAUGAUAUUAUUGAUAAUAACAAUAACAAUAAUAAUAAUAAUAAUAAUAAUGAACAAUAUGAAAGAAUGAAUCAUUUACUUCAACAUAGAAACUCAUCUAUAAUAAAUAAUCAAUUAGGGGAUGGAGAUAGAAUCAAUCAAUCAAUCAAUACUACUACUACUAAUAAUAAUAAUAAUACGAAUAAUAAUAAUAAUAUUGAUCCACAACAAAUGAAUUCAUUAUCUGAAACAAUGAUAAUAAGAAAUGCUAAACGUAAAUCAAUAUUACCAAAUAUAAUUGAACAACAAACAGAAUUUAAUGAUGAAUUUGUAAAUAUUUUAUUACAACGUAAUCGUGAAUUAAUGUUAAAAUUAAAAAAACAAACAAAAUCAAAAUUAUCUAAACAUCAAAUACCGACUAAAACAUCCUCAUCAUCGUCGUCGUCAUUUACACCUCCAUCAGUAUUACCUUCAACAUCAAUAUCAAUGUCAUAUGAAAUGACUAAUAAUAAUAGAUCAUUAAGAAAUAUAAAUAAUACAAAUAUUAUAUUGGAUGAAAUAAACGAAGAUAAUCAUCAACAACAACAACCAUCACAAUACACAACUCAAACGGUUAUUCAUGAUAAACGGCAUAAAAAGUCAAUUUAAACUCAUUUUCAGGGUAUUUUUUAAAAAAGAAAAAGAAAUUCUCUUCUAUUACUAAUGAUAUACAUUGUUUCAUACUAUUAUUGAUUUCUUUUAAAUGAAUUUGAUCUUACUUUACAUAGUUCAUUUUAUUGAUUUAUU